AUGGCUGCCAAUACGACUGACAUAUGCGCAAGCGUGCAACCCUAUGGCACAUCGGGUGGCCCAGUAAAUACCUGCGCGUACAGAGUUAAUGCGACGGCCGAUGCUCUUGGAGCAACUGCCCGGUGCUGUGGAUUGAACAAUGACCCUAUUGACUACACUCCAUCGAUGGCGCCCCCGAACUGUUUCAAAGUCUGCAAUAUUUUAAAUUACACAUCGGAUCGGUUGCAGGACAACUCGGUGACGCUCUCAAAUUGUCUCGGUAAAGCGCUGGGAGGAGAGGUUGGGCAUGUCUUUUGUAAUUAUAAGGACGACAAGAAGAGCGCCGCAGCGAGCGUGCAUCGAAGAGGCGUGAGUUGGUCGGCAAUUGGAAUAGUCGGAAUUCUGGUCGGGACGCCAUUUCUGGCCCUGUAA